CUUUUCUUUCACAAAAUGCGCACUUAGUUCAUUGGUGUCAUUACUACAUGGUAAUUUGAAGAUACUCAGACUAACACUGGUGAUCGGUGUAAUUUAUCACGCAUCAGCCAAACAGCAGAAGUCAUAAAGUGUUUCAAUGCUAGAAUCACUGGCGAUUUGUGCUAUUUGAGUUAACUAGUAUUAUGGAGACUUUAGAUACUAUUUCGUUUAAACUGGCUGAAAUAAAGGUUGUUAAAUGCCCUUUUGUUGGCAGUUGGUUGAAUUAUUGUGAUGUGUGAUCCGGUGCUUUAUCGCAGUUGCAAGUAAUUUCAUACAUGAUUCAUACAUGGCACUCAGGUUUUAUUUCACUCAAGAUCAUUCUUGUGUUAAUUGGAAGGAGAGCAUUAAAAGCAUAUUGGUUGUCCAUAAGUUUUGUGAUAUAAACGUUAUUGAAAGUGUCAAAACGUUUAUUAACUACACAUUAAAGAAAUGGGACCUAACUAUAUAUCUGGAAUCAUCUACACUUGACGAACUAAAAGUCGAUGAACUGUUCUAUCCAAUUGUUCAGCACUACGUAAACUUGGGAAAAGGUGAAUCCCCAUAUAUUACUGGUGAACGAGAUAUAUACGAAUUCCGUAAUGAUGCAACAGGAUGUUCUUUUAAAAUCAACCCUAAAAGUUCAAUUGGAGUCUUUGACCACACUGUACAUAGCAAAAUUGAUCUAAUUGUUUGUCUUGGAGGUGAUGGAACUCUUUUACAAAUUGCAUCAAUGUUUCAAGUAUGUCAUUUAAUCAUUCAUCCAGGAUUUCAGAUAUUCGUAACUCACUUCUGAAUUUUCAUUUUUGGAAUUGCUUUACUCUGUUUGGGAUUGCUCCACCUGUAAUUGCGUUUCGUCUCGGAACUUUGGGGUUUUUAACUCCAUUUCCUUUUAACAAUUUCAGGACACAAAUGAAAACUGUUCUUGAAGGUUCGUCUUAUUGCGUAUUACGAGCUCGACUUUGUUGUCAAGUUAUUCGAAAUGGUAUCAAUAACCACAAUGACAGUGCGCAUCAAGAUGUGGAAGGUUAUUGUAGUCGAAAACAAUCAGAGGAAUCCAGUAAUUCUGACAUUUCUUUACGAUCCAGUUCACCAGACACUGAAUAUCAUUUCCUAAAUGAUCUAGUCAUUGAUCGGGGUUUAUCUCCAUUUCUCUGCGACCUGCUUAUUAAAGUAAAUGGUAGAGAAGUAACAAAUAUAGAAGGUGACGGUCUUAUUGUAAGCACUCCUACUGGAAGCACAGCUUAUUCCAUGACUGCUGGUGCUAGUAUGGUACAUCCAUGUGUACCUGCUCUAGUUUUAACACCAAUCAAUUCAUUAGCUCUAAGUUCACGUGCUAUUGUUCUUCCUACCUCUAUAAAGCUAGAAAUCUCUAUUGCUAGCAAGGCUCGUUGUUCAGCUGUACACUUUUCCUUUGAUGGACGCUCACGGCACUCAAAUCUAUUGCAUAAAGGUGAUGUCAUCACAGUUAGUGCUUCGCCUUACCCUAUUCCAUGUCUUUGCAGCGAAAACCAGGUUACAGAUUGGUUUUGCGGUCUAGCUUACUGCCUUAACUGGAAUCUACGUCGACGUCAAAAUGCAGUAAUGAAAUGUUGUUCAGUUAGUGAAGAAUCAUCUUGAGCGUAAAAAAGAAAUACUUUUCUUUGACUUUUUUACAUUUUGUUUUAACUUUCAUUCAAAUGAUUCUCAGGUUUAAAUAAUUGUGAUCUAAAAACUGAAUUUUGUUUUCUGCUUAUCAAGAUUGUUUUUCAUAUUAUUUUCAUCUCUGUUGUUAUUUAUAUACCUGAAAAUUCAAUCAUGCCUUCAACGUUUACUUGUUGCAGUUUCCAAUAACGAAAUAAUUGAGUUAUCUCUUCUAUUUUACACCAUUAUAUGAUUACUGAACCGUCUGAGGCAAAUAUGGUUUGGAAAAAAAUAACUGUCAGAUAAGUGCGCUGUAUACCUUAACACCUUUUUGUAAAACAUUAAGUUGUCGUAAAAAUUUAUAGAUUAACGGCUCUACAUGAAAAUUAUCUCGCUAGGUUGUGAAGCAGUGAGUAAAUGGACAUUUCAACUAGCUGUGUUAGACAAAGCUGUUUUAUUUAUGUCUUCCUUAUAAUCGAUAUAAUAACUAAACGAAUAAGCUUAUCGGUUUUAGUACUAACGUUC